AUGGCAUCUGCGGUAAGAUUAGAUCGCUUAGAAGGUGUUCCUUUAACCAAAAUACCACAUUGGCGCCUGGUAUAUAGUCAGGCGGGCACCACUCACAAUGUCAUCAAUUACUGCUAUCCGGGCUCUGGCACGGGAGACGACCAAUAUAUCGUACAUUGGAUUCCAGACGACCCACGCAACCCGAAGAACUUUUCGACUGUCAAGAUGUGGUCCGUCACAUUUGCCGUAUCCAUGACCACCUUAGCUAUCGCCCUUGUGUCUACAGUAUAUUCCGGUGGAGUUACUCAGAUCAUCGCGGAAUUCCACGUCAGCGGGGAAGUCGCUAUUUUAGGUGUCUCGCUAUUCGUGGUUGGAUUUGCAGUUAGCUCUUUGUUAUGGGCACCUCUGACUGAGCUAUUCCGUCGUCAAUCGCUUCUACUACUCCGUUUUCUAGCUGGUACCUUCGGUUCCUCUCCUCUGACCAACGCUGGCGGCGUCAUCGCCGACAUGUUUCCUGCAUCAGAGCGUGGCCUUGCAACUGUUAUUUUUGCAGCUGCUCCCUUCCUUGGUCCUGUUAUUGGUCAUAAUGCCGGUGGGUUCCUCGGUGCGGCUGCCGGUUGGCGCUGGAUUAUGGGCUUGCUCGCAGCGUUUUCUAGCAUAGUAUGGAUAAUAGGAAGUCUGACUGUGCCUGAAACGUACGCGCCGAUAUUACUCCGCCUUGAGUCUAUGAAAGUAGUACUUUCACGUCCUUGGACCCUACUAUUCAAGGAGCCCAUCGUUAGUGUCCUCAGCAUCUAUGUAGCCAUUAUUUAUGGUACACUAUAUAUGUUGUUUGCGGCCUUUCCGAUUGUUUAUCAACGAGGCCGUGGUUGGGGCCAGGGUGUUGGUGCCCUUCCUUUUCUUGGCAUUAUGGUGGGCAUGCUAAUUUCCAUUAUAUACACCGUAUUCUCCAAUAACCAUUACAAGAAACUCCAAGAACAAAAAGGAGGUAUCGCACCACCAGAAAUUUGUCUUCUUCCGAAUGGUUGUAUAUGUAUCCCUUCCGUGCACUAUAUGGCCAGCGUCGCAGCCGGUGUGCCCUUUGGCUUCGGCAUGGUUCUGGUCUUUUUAAGCAUUAUGAAUUACCUCAUAAAUUCCUAUACUGUAUUCGCCGCUAGCGUCUUGGCCGCUAACUCAGUACUCCGUUCACUUACUGGCGCAGCCUUCCCUCUCUUUACCACAUACAUGUACAACAGCCUCGGCAUCCACUGGGCGUCCUCUGUUCCAGCAUUCCUGGCCCUUGCAUGCGUACCGUUUCCUUUCCUCUUUUACAUCUACGGCGCGGCCAUCCCGGAGAGGUGCAAAUACUCCGCCGAGUCCACAGAAUUGGCCACGCGCCUAAUACAGCAGGACAAGAAUGGCUUCUCCACGAGGGCUGGACCACAGGCUGAACCAAUCAUGAAUCCAGAAGCCAGCCUGUCUGCUGUGAGAAAAUAA